AUGAAAAAGACCAUGGGGUCCAUCCCGGUUCCUGUGGCUGAUAAUCCAUGGGCAGCAAUGUUUAUAGACCCACUAAUGGUCGAGUUUCGAGCAAACAUGACCGAGGUCCCAAAAUACAGUCUUGAUUCUCGACCGGACUGGGUACCGGAGGGAUGGGAUAUGGGGAAGGUUAUGGAGAUGACGAUUGAGGAGUGGGGGAACUUGACUGAGAGGCAACAAGAUGUCUUGCGUGCUGGACUUGAGGCACACUGCGGCACGGAGUUAAAGAAUGAGGUUAUUGGUGAUAUGUCGGCGAGAGCUGAGCCAGAGGCUCCCACCGAACCACCAACCAGCGCACCAAGUUUCCUCUCGGUCCUGCACCGCUACGCGCGCACAGGAGACUGGGGCUUUGUGUUUUACCGCACCACAUACACCCAAAAUGACGAGACAUGGUCCGUCGUCAAAGACAAACUCAACUCCGUGAUUGAAUCCACAUUUGACUACUACAGUAAUAUAGAAGGCAUAGACGAAGCCAGACAGCGCUGGAAGCUACUCUGGGUUGAAGACCCUGAAAUUUUUAAUGGCAUGGCUGUGGAGGGAUUAGCGGAGCAUUAUCGAGGGACGAUGGAGAAGUUGCCAUCUAAUUAUCAGCAUUCUGUGCUCUUUGCAGUUGAUGAAGCGUCCGCACGCUCGAUUCUCUUGGCAGAUACGAAUCCAGAGAAGAUGCACAAACGUCCUAGAUUAGGGGACGUAAUUCCCUUCGUUAUCGCGAUGGACGACAACUUGGGUCUUGACGAGCCACGUGACGACGCUACUGCCCCAGAAGCAGGGGAAGAAUAUUCGCAAGCCGACGUUUUUGAUGAUGAUGAUGACCUAGAGAAUUGGCAUGGCCCCUUCAGGGCACACCCCGCUUCGAUAAUAGAUGGGAUAUGGACUAUCGUCGCCUCUCAGUCGAUGCAGAUGUAUGAAUUUGCGUAUGCGGCUCACGGGAAUGAUGAUGUAUGGUGGGAUUCAUAUGGCGGUGCCUGGACCCUUGAUGAUCAGGGACGGUACGCAGAGCGCCUGUUCGAGAAUGCGGCUCAGUUAAGAGUUGAGUAUAGAGAGAAGAAGAGAGCGACAGUUCCUAAGGGGGCUGAUCAGGCUGAAGAAUUGCGAUAG